AGGGACAUGCGGUCACUUAUUGUCCAUACCUUUUUGGGGGACAAAUCUGGAUACCCGGGGAGCUGUCAGAACUGAAUGAAGCGAAUAAGAGCUAACCGCCUCAGCACACAAGGGCCGGCCUCUCGGAAUCGUCAUUCAUACCCUCGCCCUGACAGAAGAAAAAAUGGUCCCAGACAAAUCCAGUCGGCGUCUCCAACCCUCGUAAAACCACGGCCGCGUCUGCUUCCUGGUUUCAAGUUUUCAAUGGGCCCCGAGAACCCACCAACCUCCACCGCAGCUUCUUUCGUCGAUCGAUUCGCCGCUCUACCUUAGACGAGGUUAUUCCUCUUCCUUGCCUUCCUUGCGCGCUCCGUCUCCAGCGUCUCUUCAGCGUGGCUCGACGUGACGAAGAGAGGGUCGGAAAAGGUUUUAUCGUUGGAGCCUGCACGUCCCCGUUUCUGCUUUCCCCCCUCUCCCCUCCGAGUCGAUUUGAUCCUGUCCACAGGACCUAGUUUCGGGUACGAUGACGGGCAUCCCUCAGAUGCGGGCUCGGUCCGGCCUCAAGACACCCGACGCGUCUGAACCCCCUCGACCUCACGAAGCACGCUCACCGAACACGAAACUCGCGCCCAACGCCACCUCUUCUGGCGCGACUGACCAUCACGAGAAGCCGAAAGCUAGCGCGUUGCCCAAGACCAGACGCUCGAUGCUGCCAUUUAUCGGACGAAAGAAGAUAGGGGGGCUUCCUUCGGCCGCUUCGUCGCAGACGCAGCUCUCCGCGAAGAUGCCACCGCAGGCGUCUUCCAUACCAGCCACCGCGUCGGACUCGAUUUCGCGGUCCGCGAGCGUUGGAAACGGCCUGCUAAAGGCGGCACCUCGCUCGAAAGACUCAGCCCGCAAGUCUUCUGCGUCCACCUCUUCCCCCUCCCCCACCCUCGCAUCCGCUCUGUCUACCCCCUCGUCGCCACCACCUCCGUCACCCCAGAUGCCAUCCGCAUUUUUUGGGUCCAAGUUCGCGGCGCACUUCACCCACACAAAGUCCCGUAGGUCACGGUUGCGCUCGACCGUCGCGGCCGAGAACAGCCAGAGCACCCCACCCCCUACGAACAACACGUCCAGCACUCACAUAGCUAAUCUGUCUUUUGAGUCUCGCCGCGCGAGCAAAGAGCGUCCUUCCGCUCUCCACCCCAUACGCAACGUCCCCGUGGUUCAGCGCGAGUUCCCCAUGGAGGAAUACACGGACCUCUUCGUCGUCCCGUUUUCUGAGCUGCAUGGCAAGCCACCACAAGCCACCAAGCCACCAUCCAAGGUUGCGCAGAUACCCCCUUCCCCGACGAUACCCUCCGCCGCAGCGGGGCCCUCGUCGGCCUCGGCUUCGAAGCCGCCGACGGGCAUACCCCAGGUCGUCCGCACCUCGCAGUCCUCCGCGGAGAGGAGCAGCACGCGCAUAUCGCGCGAGCCCGCGUUCAGAGGGGAGACCGCUGCGUCGCUCUCGAAGCGCACCAGCGGGAGCAUGCGCAUACCCAGAGCUCUCCCUUCGCCCACAAUACCCACCACCCCCCAUGGUACUGCUACUGCCGGCGCUCCCAGCGCCGGCCCAUCAUCAUCCCAUGAUGGUAUGAGUGCGCGCGAUCGAAGCAGGUCGCCGCCGCAGCACACCGAUCGCCCGGAGGCGCAGCGCACUGGCGCCGCCAAGAAAGCGCCCAGUCCGAGCCCAGCGGCGGUGGGCGGAGCUUCGCCGUCGAAUUCUGCGUCUGCUUCUUCGAAGGCAAGCUUGAAGAAGCCUUUCAUCUCCAGACGGCCGUCGUCGUUCCAGAACAGCGCUGUGGCGCCGUCCAAGCCGCCGUCUCGACCGCUUCCGUCGCCUCCGCCCGUGGGCGGUACUGCGACACCGACGCCGACGCCGACGCUGGGGAGCGCGGGUGCUUCUCAGGCUGCGUCGACGCUUGGAGGGUCGGUAGGGCCGAGUGCGUCGCGGGGUGCGGCGGUACGGGCUCGUCCGCGGGCGAGCACUAUUUCAACACCGGUCGAUGCGGUUAAGGAGAACACGAAAGACGCCUCGACGUCUGCAGGCCCCUCCCCAUCCUCCCCUCCGAGCGCAUCCAGCCGUCCAGACAAUGGCAAUGGCGCUGGCACCACUCCCGCCGGCCGCCCCGCGGUCGACUUCGACCCGCUCUCGUGCCUGACGGUGGACGAGAUGCGGCACCUGAUCCAUCGGCAGCGGCUGCGGCACAAUGAGCUGCAGGACUCGAUCGUGCGCAUCACGCGGCGGCACGCGGACGAGAAGGGGGCGAUGAUGAAGACGAUCGACGAGCUGCAGAAGGACUUGAGGAGGCAGGCGCAUGAGAUCGAGGGGUUGAGGGAGAUUGUGUUUAACCAGAACCAGAGUCAGGGCAGAGACAGGUCUGACCGUGGUAUGGAGGAGGAGGAGACGGAUGGGGUUGAUGCCCAUGUGCGGUCCAGUCAGUCUCAGCAUGAGAAGGAGAGAGGAAUGGAGGGGGAGGCUUCGCCGACUUGGGGCCCGAGGUUUGACUAUGUCGCGGGCACGAGGAGGGCGUCCUCACCCACGCGGCUGCAGCCCGGGACGCGGAGCAGGGGCAGCAGUCCCCAGCGCGUGGACCUGAACACGGGCGUGAGCGCAGAGCGGCUCCGGCUGGACAUGGAGUACCUGGCCAAGACGGAGCCUGCGCUCUUGCAGCCGCACUACUACACACAGGACCGGGACGCUGCGCCGUCGUCCGGCGCGUCCGCGUCGUCACGCUCGCCGAUAUCGAGCACGGCGGCGCUCACGCUCACGCCGACGACGACGUCUUCUCUCCUGGAUUCGAUUCCGGAGGUGGUGCCAUCGCCGUCGUCGUCGUCGAAGAUUACGAGGGCGGAGCGUGCGCGGGCGAAGGAGGAGAGGCGCGAGUCGCGCGCGAGGUGUGAGUCGCUGGUUGCUGCGUCGCUGCAGGGCGAGGAGGGGGACGAGGAGCCGGAGCGGCCGUCGUAUGAGCGCAUGGAGAUGAAGCGUAAGAGCGUGGACGACGCGUUGCAGAAGCUGCGGUUGUUUGGGUAGUCUGCCCGGGCCUGGACCGUUCUUUUGCUAGGGCGCUAAUGUUCGACGUAUAACGUCAUGUCGGCGGAUGAUGUUGCUGCUUGUGUUUUUCUUCUGUUGAGGUCUAUCUGUUCAUCAUCCCGUCUGCCACUCCUUCUCCCACCACCCUCACGAUCAUUAAAUCCAGAGUCUUCUCUUCCCACAUAUGACCAAUUCUUGAUUUAUUAUCAUCGGACGUUCUCUUUCGGUUCGUGACACAAUCUCGAUUGAUUCGCUAAUAUUGUCCAUACCCCGGACAGCUCUCUUUCUUGUUUACGCGCCUCUCAUCCUGUCCUAUCUCUCCUGACCACGACCUGUGCACCGCGUCUGCACUAGGAUCGUCUGGGCAUAUGACUUCUUGCAUAACUGGAACCCCUCGCGCCGCACAGACCAGAUCAUACAUUCCUUCAAAUUUCCUUUCCCUUCCGUAUACUAUUCCCGUUUUCUCAUCCUUAGGGCGCCUGUUCAUUCAAGUUCGCGCGCCCGCCCUCAUCUCUCCCUAAUCUAUCGUAUGCCCGCUUUUCGGCUUAUUAUUCUGGUGUUUCUCGCAUGAAUGCAUGAACCCUCACUCGUUACCCCAUUUUGUACUCUUU